UAAUGUGGUGCAUACCAACUUGUCACACACAGACACGCAAUCAUACAACCUUACGUUCUUGCCAAUAUUGCCUCACUGUCAAGAAAUAGAGAUGGAGAGAGACGAAGCAGCUGGUGAAGCUGUGGAAGGCAGGUAGAACAUUUGGUGUCUACAGCUCUGGCUGUGCCUAUGGGUGGAGAUAACAGCUAGCAUGGCAUCCAUUCGACGCAGACUCAGGAAGCAGGUGGUGGUGUUGGUAGUACUACUGGGAGUAGUGCUGAUGGUAUACUACAUGUUGCUCUUCUCAGGUCCUGUCACCACCACUACUACAUCCACUGUCUUCCCUGUAGUUGUCUUCAGCUGGCUAGGAGAUUAUGGUGUUGAGGGUGUGCGGCCAGAGCUCCCCACAGUGUAUGUCAUCACACCUACAUACAGACGGCCAGAGCAAAUUCCAGAGCUUACUCGCCUUGGCCAGACUCUGAUGCACGUCCCUAAGGUGCAUUGGCUGGUGGCUGAUGAUGCGACCUUCAUUAACCAGCUGGUGGUGGAUUACCUUAAGAGUACAGGCAUACACUUCACCUACCUCCUCAGUGAGUACACACAACUAGGAUACUAA